AUGUCUCAGAUGUUGGCACCGCGGCCACCCCAAGGCGGCGAAGGAUCCCAGGAGCCUCCAUCUUCUCAGCGCCCUCGAAAAAUAUCCACCGCUUGCGGCGCCUGCAAGCAGCGGAAAACAAAGUGCAGUGGGGGCAACCCUUGCGAGGCUUGUGCGACGAGAAAAAGUCUAUGCAUUUACGAUGCAACUUCUGACCAGCGACGGAAAAUUGCGAAUCACCGAACUGCCCAAGAACUCGUGGACAAGCAGCUCGCCCUCGAACGGCACCAGCAGCUCCUGGGAGGAAUUAUCGCGACCGUGCGAGCUGGCGGGUUCAAUGCGACCGAGGACUUGCUCCGUGUCAUACGAUCAGGCGUCGAACUAUCACAACUGGCUGCCCACGUUCGAAACGAGUGUCGAGCUAAUAUCGCCAUUCAACAGGCUUACGAACAGAUUGAGUUUGUCAUCGAUGGAGGCACAGAAUUGCCCUCUCCGGCCCAGAUGCAAGUUUUACCAAACGAUGAAUCGCGUGGAUCAGCAGAAGAGCAAAGUGACGCCAGUUCCAUCAAAUUUUCCUCCAGCGGCCGACCCAAGAUGGACAGACCAAACCCGCCACGCUGA